AUGCUCACAGGCGAUGCCUUGGCAAUUGCUAAAGAGACGUGCAAAAUGCUCGCCUUGGGUACGAAGGUAUACAACUCGGAUAAGUUGAUCCACGGCGGUCUCAGUGGAGCCAUGGCUGGUGAUUUGGUUGAGAAAGCGGAUGGCUUUGCAGAGGUGUUCCCAGAGCACAAAUAUCAGGUGGUCCAGAUGCUUCAAGAACGCGGCCAUCUUACUGCAAUGACUGGCGAUGGAGUCAACGACGCACCGUCCUUAAAGAAGGCAGAUUGCGGUAUUGCUGUUGAAGGAGCAUCUGAGGCGGCCCAAUCAGCAGCGGACAUCGUCUUUUUAGAGCCUGGCUUGUCAACGAUCAUUGACUCUAUUAAGAUGGCACGGCAGAUUUUCCAGCGGAUGAAGGCAUAUAUCCAGUACCGCAUUGCUCUUUGCCUGCAUUUGGAAAUCUACCUGGUGACAUCAAUGAUCAUCAUCAAUGAAAGUAUUCGUGUCGAACUCGUUGUCUUCCUAGCCCUCUUCGCCGAUCUGGCAACUGUUGCAGUGGCCUAUGAUAACGCCUCCUCGGUUGACGGUUGA